ACAUAACUUCAUAACAGAGGUUGGACAGCAUAAGUGCGUUUUAUACAGUAUUCCGAUUCCGAUAAAUCUGACAAACAGAAACGGUGGAGCAGAAGAAUACAAGGAAGCCAGUGGGUUACACAGACAAUUUAGAUGCAAUAUUGAACAACAUUUAUAUUAAAACAUUUACAAUAACAGCAAAAAGACCACCUGGGUCAACGGACGUCUAUAAACCUUCUUAAGAGAUAAAUAUUACAUUUCCGUCACUUCUAUCGCAGAGUAAAGGUGAGUGCUGCGUUACCUGCCACUUUCCUGCAACCAUUCACGAAAACAACAAACAAGCGACUGCUUCAUCUGAUGUAUGGCACACAGCAAGACGGCGAAGUUGCACAGGGAGUGGAAUUAAUGACCACAAGCUGCGGCGACAAAAGCCCUGCCACUGGAGUCUAACUGGAGCGGAGUGAAGAGUCUGUGCGAACCCAUCUGAAGCGCACGACAUAGCAGCACCGCUCAGCAUACGAUCUGUAGCUAGCACGGCGGAACGGACUGGAACAUCAUUCAGGCAGCCUAACCUGACCAAACCGGACUAUUUUGUUAUAUAGUGGUGGUGACAACAACAACAAGCAGCUGGAUACACGGUGAACUGAACACUCAAUAAUACCUUAAUACUUUUUUGUAUUUAUUUUUUGUAUUAUAUUAUUAUAUAUUAUAUUAUUAUUAUAUUUUCACGGUUUUUAUUUCAGAAGUAAUGCAGAGAGGAUAUUGGCAAAUAUUUAACUUGGAUCUAGCAGGGAGUAUCAAACCGUGUGAUAACUGGCAACAGAAUGCACAAGAAUUUGGAAAAUAAUAAACACGCUGUUUUGUUACAUAGUCAAAACUGAGAAGAACCAAGUAUUUAUUUAUACAUAUAUUUACAUAAUAAUAAUAAUAAUAAUAAUAAUAAUAAUAAUAAUAAUAAUAAUAAUAAUAAUCUGUUUUACCACAUGGAGGUUACUGCAUAUCCCCAGCCCGGAGAACUGCCGGAAAAAUAAUAAGAUUCCCACACACGGUGUGAAGCGGACUAUUUCAUUCCAAAACCGGGAAAAUUAGAUAAACCUUCUGAAGAGCACAGAUAGGGCAACCGAAACUAAGCAUCUUGCAAAUAUUAGACUGCUGAUAAACGAGUUUAAGGUGCUUUUGUUCGUAAAAGCACCAGUUAAGAGCCCCACAAAUCGAACCACCAACCGGGGCUUAUCUGCUGCAAUGUCGUGAACUGGAAUUAUCCACUGCAUUAAUUACAAUACAAGAGCCAUAAUAUUGCCAAGAGAACAGGUUUACAAAAGUUAGUUGAUAAUAAGGCAUUAUUAUAUGACUGCAUACGAUUAGGAUCCCAAAUACCCAGAAAGAUCGUUGCAUAACACAUUGAACUACAAUAUUUACUGUAAGGUACGGAGCCAAGGCUGAACCUGCAUGGGUGAAGUCGAUUGCAAGAAAGUAUCGAUUGACGGACGUACAAUUGAUGGUAUAACAACAACAAAAAUCCUGUAGGAAGAUAUAUCUGUCUGUCCGACUGCCGCAAGGUAGUACAGUCGCCUCUGCCAUACAUCUGUUUAGUUGAGAAUUGAAUGAACAGACUGUACAUAUUCAACAAACAGAUUUAAACUCCACAAGAUGAGCGUCCGGAGAAAGUAUUCCAUCCAACUGCUGCAGGUGCUUGCGCUGUGGAUUACAUUCCUCUCUGGAGCUGUGCCGGAUCAGUCUUGUGAUGCACUACUCACAGUAUCAAGCAACAUCACAGGUCUAGCAUGCAAUUCGUCAAUAGAUUUGAUAGGGACCUGUUGGCCAAGAAGCAGUUCUGGCAAAGUUGUCUCCCGGGCCUGCCCUGAAUACUUCUAUGGAGUCAGAUACAACACUACAAAUAAUGUGUACAGAGAGUGCCUGACCAAUGGAACCUGGGCUGUAAAAGUCAACUAUUCCCAGUGCCAGGAAAUACUAAACGAAGAGAAAAAAAGCAAACUACAUUACCACAUAGCUGUCAUCAUAAAUUACAUGGGCCACUGCAUCUCCCUGGGAGCCCUUCUGGUUGCCUUCGUUCUUUUCAUGCGUCUAAGGAGUAUCAGAUGCCUGAGGAAUAUCAUUCACUGGAACCUGAUCACAGCUUUCAUUCUACGCAAUGCCACCUGGUUUGUUGUGCAGCUCACCAUGAAUCCAGAGGUUCAUGAGAGCAAUGUGAUCUGGUGUCGACUAGUUACAGCCUUAUACAAUUAUUUCCAUGUGACAAAUUUCUUCUGGAUGUUUGGAGAAGGCUGUUAUCUUCAUACUGCCAUCGUCCUGACCUACUCUACUGACAAGCUUAGGAAAUGGAUGUUUAUCUGUAUCGGAUGGUGCAUCCCUUUCCCAAUCAUUGUUGCGUGGGCCAUUGGGAAGCUUUAUUAUGACAAUGAAAAGUGCUGGUUUGGGAAGCGGGCUGGUGUUCACACAGACUACAUCUACCAGGGGCCCAUGAUUCUGGUACUGCUGAUCAAUUUCAUUUUUCUCUUCAACAUUGUGAGAAUUCUCAUGACAAAACUUCGCGCCUCAACUACAUCUGAAACAAUACAAUACAGGAAAGCUGUGAAGGCGACACUCGUGUUGCUGCCCCUCCUUGGGAUCACCUACAUGUUGUUCUUUGUCAACCCAGGAGAAGAUGAGAUUUCACAGAUCGUAUUUAUAUAUUUCAAUUCGUUUCUGGAGUCAUUUCAGGGCUUUUUUGUCUCUGUGUUUUACUGCUUCUUGAACAGCGAGGUGCGAUCUGCGGUGAGGAAAAGAUGGCACCGGUGGCAGGACAAACACUCGAUCCGGGCCCGAGUGGCUCGAGCCAUGUCCAUCCCAACCUCUCCAACGCGGGUGAGCUUUCACAGCAUCAAGCAAUCCACAGCUGUGUGAGGGGGAGGGCAGCGCCAAGACAGCCGA